AUGACAGUCUACGAUCCAUACGCUGCUGUGCUCGACGCGUCGUCUCCGCUUCCUUCAUCUCCGUCCCCGUCUUCCUCCCGCCCCUCGACCUCUUCUUCCCAUGGGCCGGUAGCACAACAGGGGGAGAAAUCCCUGGAGCCUACGCCGUCGCAGCAACAACACCACCACCGGUGCCCACCACCACCAUACUCGCCCACAUUCCGCCAGCACCCCUCCCUUCGCACCACUCUCUUCGAGCCCUCGUCCUUCGACGAUGGGGUUGUCGUCCGGCGCCUGGAAGGCCAAGCACUGGACCUCACCACCCCUCCCCCGUCCUCGCCGACUUCAACCCAUUCCUCCACCGCCGUCCCUGAUCCGAAUGCACCACCCGUCUCACCUAUACGCCGCUCCGUAACAUUCUCCACUGCCGAUCAUCCAGGGCGGGCCGACAAAGAAGAUCACGACGACAAGACGACGGCCGUACACCACAGUCGGCCCUCAUCGCGGUCGCACAGCGUCGAACGGGGUAUACCACACGGGAAGAACGCCGCCAACACUGCCGGCUCCACGCGGCAGAUGUGA